GGAAACUUUGAGCUGUAAAGCUAAAGGUUAAAAAAAGCUGUCGGCAAGGAAUUAUUGCACUGAUCAGAUUAGUGGCAUUACCAAUUCCACUCAUCUUGCUUCUGCUAAUCUUCACACCUACACCAACUAAGAGAGAUAGAGAUAGAGAUUGAGAGAAAGAAAAGAAUGGCUUGUGUGGCAGUAAAUUCUCUUAUCAGAACAUUAGAGCUUGAGUUCUUGCCACCUGAGCCUCGUCCAAUCCUACAAGAAAUGGAACUCAUCCCUUUUAACAAAGAGCUCAUCCAAUCUCUCCAUUCAAAGCUUGGUUUUCUGAUACAACUGUUCGACGAGAGAAGAAUGGAUGGUGUUGAAGCAAUUAAAGACUUAGAAAUAAAGCUCAGAGAUGUAGCUUUCAGAGUAGAAGAUGAAAUUGAACUCCAUGUGGUACAUCUCUAUAAAGAAGCUGACGAGGAAAUGGGACAAGGGGACACUGAAGCCAUGAAAACCCAGCAUUGUCAUAGACUUAGUCAUGUAUUGCAACAAGCAAUAGAAGACAUUUAUGCCAUUAAAGAAGAGCUGGAGAAAGUCAUGAUGGAGUACAAGCAUGUCAUAGCUGUGCAAGGAAGGGAGACUAAACUUGUUGAUGAACUUGAUGAUGAACUUGUCAAGACGGACGGUUCCGGUUCCUCCAAUUGUGCUUCACACACUGAGGACAUAAUGGUCGGGAAAAACAAUGAGUUCGACAUUAUAAUGAAGACGCUAAUACAACAUUCAUCUAAACAACGAGAAGUUGUCUCAAUUCAAGGUAUGGGAGGAAUUGGCAAGACAACAUUAGCAAGACGAGUUUAUGAAAACCCAUCAACUGUCUCCCACUUUGACAGACGACUAUGGGUUGUUGUAUCACAACAUCACAAUAAGAAGCAAAUGCUGUUAGGUCUUCUCGGUUCUAAAGACAAUGUAAACAAUAGCACUGAUGGGGACCUAGCAUUACAACUCUACCAAAGUUUGAAGGGUCAAAGGUACUUGGUAGUGAUUGAUGAUGUAUGGAGUAGAGAGUCAUGGGAUGAUGUUAACUCUUGCUUUCCAGAUGAUAUAAAUGGGAGUCGAGUAUUGUUAACUACUCGCAUUGCAGUGGUGGCUACUUGUAUUGGCUCUAACAAUUACUUUUCGCAUCAACUGCAGUUUUUAGAUCAAAGUGAAAGUUGGGAAUUAUUUCAUAAAAAGGCAUGCAAAUCUCAUGGUGUUGAAUUUGAGACAAUUGGAAGACCAAUUGUUGAGAAAUGUAAAGGACUGGCCUUGGCAAUUCUUGUGAUAGCAGGUUUAUUUUCAAAACUCGAUACACUUGAUGAGUGGAAGAAAACUGCUAAUGCUCUAAUAAGUUCUACUUCAACAUCAACUCUAGAUGAUGAUGAAUGUUGGAAAAUCCUCUCAUUCAGUUAUAGUCACUUGCCCCAUAAUUUGAAAGCUUGUUUUUUAUAUUUAGGAGUUUUUCCAGAAGAUGAUGAGAUCAAUGCUAACAACCUUGCAAGGUUAUGGGCGGCGGAAGGACGGGUAAAGGCAUUCAAGAAUGAGAGUUUUGAAGCGGUGGCUAAAAGUUUGCAGGCUUGUCAAUGCGAUCAAGAGUCCUUAACAAAAGUUACAUACCUAAAGAAGGUAUCUAUUAUUAUACGCAAACCCAAUGAUCGCAUUAUUAUACGCAAACCCAAUAUAGACGAACCCAAUGAUUGCAUUAAGAACCUUGUCAGUUUACAGCAGCUCGAGAGUUUGUCUCUUUGUGUUGUUACCGAUGGAAUUCCGGAUUUGAUGCCUCAAAUCAUUAACAAUAUUCUUCUCUUGAAAAGCAUUAGGAAGCUGACGUUUCGUAAAAUGAAAUCUGAGUGGAAGGCAAUUAAUGUUUUGAGCAAGUUACCAAGGCUUGAGGUGCUCAAAUUAAGGAAUUCUGAGCUUGGAAAAAAGUGGGAAGUACCAGAGAAUGUGAAAUUCUGCCACUUAAUUUGUUUGAAAAUUUCGCAUGGUAAUCUCAAGCAUUGGGAAGCUGGUGUUGAUAAUUUUCCAAAACUUGAGCGCCUAUUCUUUAAUGAUUGCUCUGAAUUGAGAGAGAUCCCGAAUAGCUAUGCAGAAAUUCCAACAUUGAACUUAAUCCAAUUAAAGAGGUGUCUUCCUUCUGCAGUGAUGUCAGCCAAGCAAAUUGAGGCUGAACAGCAUGACUAUGGAAACGAGAAUAUGGUUGUCAUUGAGAAAUACAGAAUAAAGCCUCGCUCCCCUAAAGAUAACUCUGAUGAAGAUGAGGAGUAGAUGAUGCAAAGAAAGACUCUAAAGUGAUAGUUUGGGAGAAGAAAGACUCUAAAGCUGCUAAUUAAUUGCAAUACGUACUGAUGAU